AUGAUUAGCCAUAAAGACCAAACGAACAUCAGCAAUGCCUAUACCAGCGGCCUGAAGGAAGAAUUUCAGCUAUACGGCAAUGAGCUCAACUAUUUCAACGUCUGUUACUACACGGCAUACGUCAUCUUCCAGGUCCCAUUUCUGCUUUUGAUCUCCCGGCCAAAAUUAGCCCGCUGGUUACUCCCUUGUCUAGAGGUUGUCUGGGGAGUCAUCACCUUUGCCCAGAGCAGGGCUACAAAUGUGACGCAGCUCUACGUUGCCCGUUUCUUCAUUGGUGCUCUCGAGGCACCGGUAUUUGCUGGCACGCACUUUAUCCUAGGCUCUUGGUAUAGCGGUCCGGAGCUGUUCAAGAGAGCCGGCGCGUGGUUCGUCUGCAACCCACUGGGAUCCAUGAUCAGCGGGUAUCUCCAGGCGGCUGCGUAUACAAAUCUCUCGGGAGUCGGCGGCAUGCCGGGCUGGCGAUGGCUCUUCAUCAUUGAUGGAAUCAUUACCAUUCCCGUAGCGCUGUCGGGCUUUUUAUUGUUUCCCGGCAUCCCAGACUCACCCAAGGCCUUUUUCUUUUCGGAUGGCGAGAUCAGCCUCGCCAAGAAGCGACUCGAGAGGGCCAAGGUAACCCGAGCAGGCAAGCUCGACUUGCAAGUAUUCAAGCGAAGUCUUUCUCGAUGGCAUAUUUGGCUCUUUGUCUUUUGUUACAUCUGCAUGAUCAUCUCGAGUUACCCCAGUCAAUACAUGAACUUGUGGCUCAAGGCAGAAGGUUACAGCGUGGUCAAGAUCAACCAACUUCCCACCGUAAUUAAUGCCAUUACGAUUCUGGCGUCGUGGCUUGGGACUACUCUGGCGUCAAUCUACCCCUCUUGGGUCAUCUACAGCAUUGCUUCGGGGGCAGUUAUCUUUUCUACCAUCUGCAUGACCAUAUGGUCCAUUCCGACGGGGCUCAAGUUCGCGGCCUGGUAUCUGUUUGGCUUCUCUGGCUGUCUCAGCCCGAUUUUGUAUUCGACAGUCAACACCAUUGUCAAAAAUGAUGCAGAGGAAAGAGCGCUUAUAUUGGGAUCCAUGAUGACGUUUGGAUACUCCUUCAACAUCUGGGUGCCCUUGCUGCUGUUCCCGACUGCUGGAGCCAACGGGGCACCCCGAUGGCGUGUUGGGUGGCCAGUGACGUUGGUCUUUUAUUUUCUGCUCUGGGCAGGUUUUAUCACGGCCGUCAUUUUGUACAAGAAAAGGCUGAGCAGGGAAAGUGCACAAGAAGAGGUUGGCUCGGCCACGGAUGCACAGUCAACCUCCGAGACUGGUGAGGUGGUACGUGAUGGGAAAGUUGUACCGGAACUGGCAGUCUCGAUUGCGCAGUCAAAGGUAUAA